AAAAAACUCCAUUACCCAUGAUUCAUUGCGCGAUUUCUGAUUGGCUGGCAAACGUAGACCGUCAUUUGACGUAAUCUGAAGGCGCGCGCGAAACUCCUUGUGAUAGAUCCUGUAUACCGGGAUGUCAGCUCUGUUACAACAAGCCGGGUAUGAGGAGGAGAGACUGCAGAGGGUCUCUAAGCAGCUGCCCUGCAGAGAGAUGCAGGCCGGGAUGCUGCUGGCGCUCCUGGGACAGCCGCACCAGUACAGCUACCCCUCCAUCUUCAUCUAUGGUCAUCGGGCUUCAGGGAAGAGUCAUGUGAUGCAGGUUUUGCUGAAGGAACUUGGGCUGCCUCACGCCACUGUCAGCUGUGUCGAAUGUGUCUCUGUUGCGUUGCUGUUUGAACAAGUGCUGCUGUCCUUCUUCGGCUGCGACGCCGCCUCGCUGCUCCCCCGCAGUCCCUCCCUGUCUGACUUCGUACGCGUCUACAGACAGCAGCGCUCCCAGUCUCCUGCCAAGCAGACGCGAUACGUUGUGAUGGAAAAAGCCGAGCUUCUGAGAGACACCGACGCCAACCUCCUCCCCGCUCUCCUGCGUCUUCAGGAGCUGGUUGAGGAUAACGUCACCGUCAUCCUGCUCAGUGAAAUCGUCUGGGACAAGUUUAGACCAAACACCGGCUGCUUCGAGCCUCUUCUGCUCCAUUUCCCCGACUACAGUAAAGGUGAGCUGCAGCAGAUUUUGUCCCAGGACAAACAUCCCUCAUAUUCAGCUGAGCUUUACUCGUCCUACGUCAACAUCCUGCUGGGAGUCUUUUACUCGGUCUGUCGGGACCUCAGAGAGCUGCGACACCUGGCUGCCCUCAACUUUUCAAAGUUCUGCGAGCCGUUAGCAGAAGGAAAAGUGAAAGAGACGGAAACACACAAGCUGUGGAGGAACGUUGAGCCUCAUUUGAAGAAAGCCAUGCAGACUGUUUACCUGAGAGAAGUGUCCAGUUUUCAGUGGGAGCAGAUGCAGCAAACGGAGGAGACUGGAGCGUUGAGAGGUUUAUCUGCUCACACUCAUGUUGAACUGCCUUAUUACUCCAAGUUCCUGCUGAUCGCUGCCUACCUGGCGUCCUACAACCCCGCACGCACAGAUAAACGCUUCUUUGUAAAGCACCACGGUAAAAUCAGAAAAACAAACUUCUUGAAGAAAAAUGAAAAGACCAGUAACCAUCUUCUGGGCCCAAAGCCGUUCCCUCUGGACCGCCUGCUCGCCAUUUUCUACAGCGUGGUGGACAGCAGAGUCGCCCCAACGGCCAGCAUCUUCUCCCAGAUCUCGUCUCUGGUGACCCUACAGCUGUUGACUCAGGUCAGCCACGACGACCAGCUCGAUGCGCCCAAGUACAAAUGUGCCGUUUCUAUGGACUUCAUCUGUGCCAUCUCCAGGACGGUGAAUUUUGAGAUUGUCAAGUACCUUUAUGACUUCCUGUGAGACUGACGGAGAGACGACACACAAGACAAAAGGUGGAUUUAUACAUUUAAUUUAAAGACGAGCCAAACGAGGAGCUCAGACUAUUGUUGUGGAGGAAAAUUAAUCCAAUUAUGUCGCUGCCCCCUUGUGGAUGAUGAAUGAGAUUGUCUCUUAUGACUGUCCAUGUUAAGUAUUUGCAUUUCUAUAAAAUAAAUGCCAUAUUGGCAAUUAUGAAUUA